GAUCAUCAGAGAUCCACCCACCACAAAUAACGAGACUCGCCAAAAUUAGGCAACAAUUCGCAGAUUCUUUGACCAGGCCAAUACAUGGAUGGCAUUUAAUGCGCGAUUCGUACAGGGGGGUAUGAAUCAGCCUUACUCUACUGUUGGUUAUGUCCAACUGAGUUAUGGUUUCAUAGUAGCAUACUAUCAUCCACACUACAGCUAUCGCUACAGAAAUUAUAUAUUAGUAGUAUCUACUCCGACCGAAUCUACACAUUAGACAUACUAUGAUUAGUUGCCAAAGACCGAGGGUAACACCACAAUCCGUUUCUGACUUUUAUCUACACGUCACAAACUCUACAGCUUCGUAGAGCAGUCCACAAGAGUGAUUUCUACUCAUAGCUACUACUAGACAUAACACUAGCCAUGUCCUUUGUAUCCUACUCUCAGACUAGUACUAGGAUACUGCUAUGUUAUUUUGCUUCGUUAAGGGUGACUAGAGGCUAUACUACAC